UGAGCUAUAAAACCCAAGGCACACUUCGAGUUCAGCAACACAAAUCGACUUGUGAUCCAAGCAGCAACAACAGCAGCCAAUCUCCUCAAGAUGAAAUUCCUGAUAAUUGCCGUCGCCUUUUUGGCCUGCGCUUAUGCUGAUGUUUCGGAACUGGCCGCCGGUGGCUAUGAUUAUCCCCAGCCUGCACCGCCGGCGCCUGUGAAGAGCUACAUUCCCCCACCGCCACCACCACCACCGCCGGCACCAAAGAACACCUACAUCCCCCCACCGGCGGCUCCUGCCAAGGCCUAUAUCCCACCCCCACCACCACCACCGCCACCGGCGCCCAAGAACACCUAUAUCCCACCAGCACCCGUUUCCGCUCCCGUGGAGACCUACAUUCCCCCCGCAGCGCCAGCCCCCGCCUACAUCCCGCCCGCUCCCGUCCAGCAGGAGGAGCCCGUCUUCGAGGAGAUCGAGCAGCCCGCCCAGGACGGAUACCGCUACAAGACCGUCCGUCGUCGCGUCUUCCGUCACCGCAACUAAAUCACAGACGGUUACUUGUUGGCUAAUGUGAUAGGCCGCAGCAAAGC